AGAGCAAAAAAACCGGGAGAAAUUGAGGUUAGGUACAACUACGGCAUGUGCGGCUGCGGAAGUUGCUAGAAUUGCCGAAAUUGAAGAAAUGCCUCCGGAUGAGCCAAGUUGCUCAACGGAAUUACCUUUCCAAGAAAAACUCAAAAUGUGGGCAAUUCGUAAUCAAAUAUCUCGGAAAUCCUUUUCCGAACUCUUGGCGCUCCUUGCAAAAGAAGGUAUGAAUGUACCCAAAAGUGCCGAAUCUCUUUUAAGACAUAAAUCUCUAGCUAUAGUAGAAAAUAUGAGCCCGGGACUCUUCUGCAAUAUCGGCAUUAAAACGCAAUUAGAAAAAAUUGCUGACCAAUUAACUAAUCACAGCACAAUAGUAGUAGAUGUUAAUAUUGAUGGGUUGCCAUUAUAUCGUAGCUCAAGGAUGCAGCUUUGGCCAAUUUUAUUACGUAUUGUAAAUGUGCCAAAUACAUCGGUUUUCGCUGCUGGUAUUUAUGUAGGACAAUCCAAGCCAGAUUCUAUAACAAAAUUUUUAAGCGAAUUUAUUGAAGAAGUCGCAGAACUUCAAGCUUGUGGUUUCGAAUGCAAUGGUCGCUGCAUAACGUUUCAGGUUAGGGCUUUUAUUUGUGAUGCGCCGGCGAAAUCUUUUCUCUGCGGAAUACCUGGGCACACUUCUCGACAUGGUUGUUCCAAAUGUAAUCAAGUGGGCAAAAAAAAUUGAAGGCGUACUAACCUAUAGUACCAACGUCGGAACGCUUAUUUCCAACUCUGAUUUUUUGGAACGCAAAUACCCGUAUAAACAUAUAUCCGCUUUCAAGACCAAUUUAUCUCCUCUAGAGAAGAUUAAUAUUAAUAUGAUUACGCAAGUUCCUUUUGAUGUCAUGUACUUAAUUGAUUUAGGUGUCAUGCGCAAGUUUCUUAUACGAGUUAUAAACAAUAAAUCGAACCAUAAGUUGAAAAAAGAAGCAAAGGUUAAUAUUUCUUCAAAACUAGUAGCUUUAUCUUCACACAUCACCAAAGAGUUUGUACGAAAACCAAGACAUUUGGAUGAAAUAGCAAAUUGGAAAGCUACCGAAUUCCGCAUGUUCCUUUUCUAUUAUGGAAUUUAUGUCUUAAAAGAUGAACUUCCCGAUGAUGUUUAUUACGAAUUCCUCCUUCUACAUUGUGCUUGCCGGUUAUUGUUCUGCCCUAAAAAUUAUAGUGCUAAUAUUGAUACAGCGGAAAAUAUAUUAAAAUUGUUUGUUCAAAAUUUUGCUCUUGUUUUUGGAGAAAAUAGCGUUUCGUACAACGUACAUGGUUUACUACAUGUGUCAGAAGAUGUUAAAGAACUAGGUGUACCGUCAAAUUACUCCGCAUAUUCGUUUGAAAAUUAUCUACAAGUUCUGAAAUCGUACGUAAAAAAACCAACACAAAUAUUACAACAAAUUUCAAAUAUGCUCAAACACGAAAAAAUUGUCACUGAGCAAAAGUUUGCUGGAUUUAAAAUGAAAAAUGAUUGCAUAAAAAGUUUUUAUUGUAACGAAUACAUGUUAUCCACAGCAUGUCCAAAUAACUAUUGUUCUGUGAAACCAUUUCAGUAUAUAGAAAUACAGGAAUUCUAAGAUAAAAAUAAAAAAGUUUUAAAAGGCAAGAAAUUUUUGAAUUUGGAAAGCUUUUUCGCAGAACCCAUUGAUUCUUGCACAUUGGGAAUUUGUACUGCAGACUUCACUCCCUCGCCUAUUGUAGAGGAAUUUUCUCUGGAGGAUAUAGAAUACAAAUUGAUGUGCAUUCCUUUAGGAGAGAAAAUUCUUCUCAUUCCAAUUUUGCAUACUUGCAUGUAGCUCUUUUUUAUUAACUUACUUUUUUAACUAUACUUUUCUUACUUUUUGUUAAAAUACGAGAUCAAUAAUAAAUUUAUUUUUAUUUUCGAGCACUUUCUAAAAAAAUUCGGAGCGCAAAACCGCAGCACCUCGAUGGCGGCCAUCCCAGCAAAAAGGCAAAAUAUGCGAACAAGACUAUUAACCCGUGGACAAGCGGUAUAAGUCACGUCAAUGAAUGUACAAUAGAAUCACGUAGAAUCAGCGUUUCGACGUCGACCAUUGGAUAUAACCUCGGUACAUUAUUUAAUUAUAUACAUACAUACGUGACGUAAAACUUAAGCUACCAGCCUCUUGCCUCUUGGUAGUUUAUUCUCUAAUCAAAACCAUAUAUUUAAACCGAAGUUUAAAACUUUAUUAAUACGUAGCACUGCUAUUAUUUUCGCUGCAGUUGUAUAUGAAAAACAUAUGUAUGUACAUACAUAUCGCCAAAUGAAUUGUAAAAGGUUUUGAUUGACUAUGAUACAUUUCAUCGAAUUACAAGU